GUGAAAGAUGCAUUUGAGUGCUGAAUAGUGAGUAGUAGCAAUGGGAUUCAUGUCACAACUCAUCCUCCUUCAUAUCCUCUCUCUUACCUUCUUCAUCACCCUUCCCUCUUCACUUUCACAAUCUAACCAGUUUUGUGAAGCUGGAACUGGAAUUCCAUCGUCGAAGCUGUUGAUCAAGGGAGGCACGGUUGUGAAUGCUCACCACCAACAGGUUGCCGAUGUUUACGUGGAAGAUGGCAUCAUUGUUGCCAUCAGUCCUACCAUCACGGUUGGAGAUGAGGUGACUGUGAUAGAUGCCACUGGAAAGUUUGUCAUGCCAGGGGGCAUUGAUCCUCACACCCACCUAGAGUUUGAGUUUAUGGAUACAACAACUUUAGAUGACUUCUUCAGUGGUCAGGCUGCAGCACUAGCUGGUGGGACAACAAUGCACAUUGACUUUGUUAUACCACUUAAAGGAAGUUUAACAGCUGGUUUUGAAGCCUAUGAAAAGAAGGCAAAUAAGUCUUGCAUGGAUUAUGGUUUCCAUAUGGCUAUUACCAAAUGGGAUGAAACUGUGUCAAGAGAAAUGGAGCUCAUGGUCAAUGAGAAAGGUAUCAACUCUUUUAAGUUUUUCAUGGCAUACAAAGGAGCUCUUAUGAUCAAUGACGAGCUUCUUCUGGAAGGAUUUAAAAAGUGCAAGUCUCUUGGUGCCUUAGCUAUGGUCCAUGCAGAAAAUGGAGAUGCUGUGUAUGAAGGGCAGAAAAAAAUGAUAGAACUUGGAAUAACUGGCCCCGAGGGGCAUGCUCUUUCAAGGCCUGCAGUGUUGGAAGGAGAGGCAACUGCUCGUGCUAUUCGCUUAGCUGAUUUUGUGGACACUCCUUUAUAUGUGGUUCAUGUAAUGAGCAUUGAUGCUAUGGAAGAAAUUGCAAAGGCCCGGAAAUCAGGACAAAGGGUAAUUGGAGAACCUAUUGCCUCUGGCUUAGCCCUUGAUGAAUCUUGGCUCUGGCAUCCUGACUUCGAGACUGCAGCAAAGUAUGUCAUGAGUCCCCCUAUUAGGAAACGAGGACAUGAUAAGGCCCUUCAAGCUGCCCUUUCAACAGGAGUUUUGCAGCUGAUAGGAACCGAUCAUUGUGCCUUUAAUUCCACCCAGAAAGCAUUUGGAAUUGAUGACUUCCGUAAAAUUCCUAAUGGUGUCAAUGGUAUUGAAGAAAGGAUGCAUUUGGUAUGGGAUAUCAUGGUGGAAUCUGGCCAAAUAUCUGUCACUGAUUAUGUCCGGUUGACAAGCACUGAAUGUGCUAGAAUCUUCAAUAUAUAUCCAAGGAAAGGAGCUAUUCUCCAGGGAUCUGAUGCAGAUAUUAUCAUCCUCAAUCCAAAUUCAAGCUUUGAGAUAACUGCAAAGUCCCACCACUCCAGACUGGACACAAAUGUCUUUGAGGGAAGGAAAGGAAAGGGGAAAAUUGAAGUGACUAUUGAAGGAGGAAGAGUUGUCUGGGAAAAUAAUGAACUGAAGGUUGCUCCUGGUACUGGUAGAUAUAUAAAAAUGCCACCCUUUAGUUAUUUGUUUGAUGGAAUGGACAUAAAGGAUGCUUUUUAUCUAAAUUCCCUUCAAGCCCCUGUGAAGCGAGCCAAAUCCAGCACUUAAAAAAUUUCUGAAAUCCUUUUAGUCAAAUUUCAACAUUAUACUUGGUGAAGGAGGGGGACAAAGAUGAUGAGCACGACCACGCCUGCUUACAUGAUGAGCCUGACCAUGAUUAUUGGCAUUGACAAAAUCCCCUUCAUCAUCAAGGCUUACAUGUCUGAUUUCAGUGAGGUUAAUCUUCUGAUGCCUUUUCAUUGAACGAACCCGAGCGAACAUGAUUGUAUAGCUGUUGGCUUCCGGUGCAUUUUGGUCCCACCCUCCAAAUUGAGGCACAGAAAUCAUAGCAGGUGUUACCUGCACAAGGAUAGUAUUACUCAGUACCUUUGUUGUUUCUCAAAAAAGAAUUUGUUUACAGGGUGUAUUGGAAAUUUCAUUCUGAACUUGUAUUGGUUAUUACACCCCUUGUGCACACUAACUAUUUCUUUUUAUGAGUGAACCUGUGUAUCUUCUCAUCCGAAACUAAAGACUAGUCUUUCGAGAUAUUAAAGAUUUGUUUUUCAGUUCAA